GUCAUUAUGUGUGAAAGCUGUUUUCAGAAAGAGAGAGGGUGGGGGGAAGGGAGUCAGGAUGUAGAAAAGAAAAUGAAACUAAACAAGUACUGAACAUGUGUGUUAUGACCUUCUCACACAAAGGACACACACAAAUAAUCGCACAUCUCUCAUUUAUUCCACAUAUAUCAGAAAUGCCUGGAGACACGAUGUAGUCCAGUCUUUUUGAGUGCACAGAAAAGAUUAAGCUGAACGGCGGUACAAGGCCAGUGGCAUUUAUGGGCUGAUGUCAUUACCCUACUGAGAAUAUGGCAGAGGAUAGUUUUAAAACCUCUGAAAUGAGUCUCCAAGAGGAGCUAUGUGAAGGAGAAAGUGGAACUGGGAAGAAACCAGUCUCCCCUGUUACCAGCAAUGUGUCCUUGAAGAGUGACAGAUCAUUGCCAGUUGGUCCCAACUUUAAAGGAGAAUCAGACCCUCAGGAAAGUGGAACUGGGAAAAGGCCAGUCUCCCCUGUUACCAGCGUUGUGUCCAUGAAGAGUGACAGAUCAAUGACAACUGGUCCCAACUUUAAAGGAGAAUCAGACCCUCAGGAAAGUGGAAAUGGGAAGAGGCCAGACUCUCCUGUUACAAGCAAUGUGUCCUUGAAGAGUGACCGAUCAUUGCCAGUUGGUCCCAACUUUAAAGGAGAAUCAGAUCCUCAGGAAAGUGGAACUGCAAAGAGGCCAGUCUCCCCUAAUGCCAGCAAUGUGUCCUUGAAGAGUGACAGAUCAUUGCCAGUUGGUCCCAACUUUAAAGGAGAAUCAGACCCUCAGGAAAGUGGAACUGGGAAGAGGCCAGUCUCCCCUAAUGCCAGCAAUGUGUCCCUGAAGAGUGACCGAUCAUUGCCAGUUGGUCCCAACUUUAAAGGAGAAUCAGACCCUCAGGAAAGUGGAAAUGGGAAGAGGCCAGACUCUCCUGUUACAAGCAAUGUGUCCUUGAAGAGUGACAGAUCAUUACCAGUUGGUCCCAACUUUAAAGGAGAAUCAGACCCUCAAGAAAGUGGAACUGCAAAGAGGCCAGUCUCCCCUAAUGCCAGCAAUGUGUCCUUGAAGAGUGACAGAUCAUUGCCAGUUGGUCCCAACUUUAAAGGAGAAUCAGACCCUCAGGAAAGUGGAACUGGGAAGAGGCCAGUCUCCCCUAAUGCCAGCAAUGUGUCCCUGAAGAGUGACCGAUCAUUGCCAGUUGGUCCCAACUUUAAAGGAGAAUCAGACCCUCAGGAAAGUAUCAAAGAAGAAUCAGACCCUGUGCAAAGUGUAGUGGAUACGGGAGAUUUACCUUUUUCCUGCAAGAGUGACCAGUCAACAGAUCUUCCUAAUAAAAAGGAAUCAGAAGAUCUGCAAAGGACCUCUAAAAAGACCCCAGGCUCAUCUUCACUCAGUCAAAAGCCCCUGAAGCAAAACCAGAGACGCAAUUCUGAACAAAGAGAUCAAAUCUCCCCGUUGGCUGAAACAGACAACAAGCCACAAAAGCAUAAAGAUUUCUUCAACGUCUUUAAUGAUCUUGAGGACAAAAUGAUUGUGUUUAUAAAACACGAGCUGGGAAUAUAUAAAAAACUUCUGAGAAAGGAAAACACAGAUUACUACAGAAAAGUCAAGCAAACAAAAUGGGAUUUGAAACAGACAGCCCUCAUCAUGACAAUGUCUUUCCUGAACCUAAUGAAUCGUGAGGACGUCGCCUCUGCUCUACAAAAUGAGCUGAUUGGAAUUAUACAGCGUCCACUUAAAGAAGGAAUGAAAAACAAGUAUCAUCGUGUUUGCGAAGGAAUAGCAAAGCAAGGAGAGUCUGCCAGUCUAAAUUCCAUCUACACAGAUCUGUACAUCACUGAGGGUGGAGCUGGACACGUCAACAAAGAACAUGAAACGAGACAGAUUGAGAAAAAUCAGGCACAGCAAGACAAACAAAUCAAAUGCAGGACCAUGUUUGAAUGUUUUCCUGGACAAGACAGACCCAUCAGAACUGUGCUGACACAGGGAGUUGCAGGUGUAGGAAAAUCAAUCUGUGUGCAGAAGUUCAUUGUGGACUGGGCUGAAGGUAAAGAACAUCAGGACAUCCAGUUCAUAUUUCCACUUCCUUUCAGAGAACUGAACUUAAAGAAAGGAGAUCACAGUUUGAUGGACAUCAUCAGUUUUUUCUUCCCAGAGACAAAAGGCCUGAUAUUAACAGACCAGAACAAAGUCAUGUUCAUCCUUGAUGGACUGGAUGAAUGUCAACUUCCAUUGUCAUUUAGUAAAAAUGAAAUCUUGCAUAAUGUCUGUAAACAAGCUUCACUGGAUGUUGUGCUGACAAACCUCAUCAAGGGAAAUCUGCUCCCCUCAGCUCUGAUCUGGAUAACAACAAGACCAGCUGCAGCCAGUAUGAUCCCUGCAGUGUGUGUUGACCGGGUGUCAGAAGUCCGGGGCUUCAAUGAUGAGCAGAAGGAAGAAUACUUCAGAAAGAGAAUCAGUGAUCAGGAACUGGCUAACAAAAUAAUUGGACACGUUAAACAGUCAAGAAGCCUCUUCAUCAUGUGUCAUAUACCAGUGUUCUGUUGGAUCUCAGCCACUGUGCUUCAGAGAAUUCUGGAAGAAACAGAGAGUAAGGAAACCCCAAAGACCCUGACAAACAUGUACACAUGCUUUCUGAUCUUUCAGACUGUGCAAGGGAACCUGAAGUACACUGGAAGGAAUGACUUGGACAUCCCGUGGGAUAAAGACGCCGUUCUGGCACUGGGAAAGUUGGCUUUUCAGCACUUGGAAAAAAACAGCCUCAUCUUCUAUGUAGAAGAUUUAAAAGCAUGCGGAAUUGACCCCAGUAAGAUGUCAGCAUACUCAGGACUGUGCAAUCAGGAGACUGGAAGAUUUCUAGGUACAGUUUUCAGCUUUGUUCAUCUGAGCAUUCAGGAGUUCAUCGCAGCUGUAUUUGCAUACAUUUGUGUCAGAAAUGAACACAGGAAUGUUUUUGAGCCACAGUCCACAUCACAAGAGAGCAAAACAACACAGCUCAUUGAUUUCCUCAAGACUGCAGUAGACAAGGCUUUGGAGAGUGACCAUGGCCACCUGGACCUCUUCCUUCGCUUCCUUCUGGGUCUCUCACUGGAGUCUAAUGAGGUACUAAUCCGAGGUCUGUUGACUCAGACAGGAAGUAAUUCUGACUGCAGGAAGGAAAUAGUCGAGCACAUCAAGUUAAAGUUUAAGGAAAAUACAUCUCCAGAGAGAUCCAUCAAUCUGUUCUACUGUCUGAACGAGUUAAACGAUGAUUCUCUGGUGAAAGAAAUCCAGAGUCACAUGAGUUCAGGAAGUCUCUCUGAAGCUGAACUCUCACCUGCUCAGUGGUCAGCACUGGUCUUUGUGCUGCUGACAUCUAAAGAGAAGCUGGAGGAAUUUGAUCUAAAGAAGUUCAUCAGAUCGGAGGAGUGUCUAACAAGACUGUUACCAGUGGUUAAAGAAGCCAAAAGUGCUCUGCUCAGUGACUGUAACCUGACAGAGAGAAGCUGUUCUUCUCUGCUCCAAGUUCUUAGUUCAGAAUCUUCUGAACUGACUCUCCUGGAUCUGAGCAACAAUACUAUACAGGACUCUGGAGUAGAGCUUCUCUCUGUAGGACUGAAGAGUUCAAACUGUAAACUGAAGGAACUGAGGCUAAGUGACUGUGAACUCACAGAGAAAAGCUGUUCAGUUCUGUUUAACGUUCUCAACUCAGAAUUCACUAAGAUAACUUUCCUGCAUCUGAGCAAUAAUCCUAUACAGGAUUGUGGAGUAGAGAAGCUUUCUGCAGGACUGAAAAGUCCAAACUGUAAACUGGAGAAAUUAAGUCUUGCAUUCUGCAGUAUAACAGGCAAAGGAUAUGAAUCUUUGUAUUCAGCUCUGGAAUCAAACAGCUCAUCACCGCUGACAGAGCUGGAUCUCAGAGGGAACGAUCCAGGAGAUUCAGGGGUGAAAAUGCUCACUGAUUUACUAAAGGAUUCAAAGUGGAAACUGAACAAACUGAGGCUGUUGAAAGAGUCUGCUGCAGAGGAGUUCUGUGAUUCGUUGACUAAAACUCUUGGGACAAACCCCUUACUGCAGAGAAAACUGGAUCUGAGCGGGAAAAUACACGGAGAUUCAGAAAUAAAGAAGCUCUCUCUUCUACUGGAGGAUUCACACUGCAGAACAAAGAAUCUCAAACUGAAUAACAACAAUAACAACAGGAUUUCAGAGAAAGGCUGGGUUGAUCUAUUUUCAGCUCUUUGUUCUAAUCCUUCACACCUGAUAGAGCUGGAUCUGAGUGGGAAUAAACUGGGAGACUCAGGGAUGCAGAAGCUUUGUGAUCUCCUGGAGAAUGAACAGUUCAAACUGUCGAAUCUGCAGUUGUGUGACUGCAAAAUUACAGAAAUUAGUGCUUCUUUGACUUCAGCUCUUAAAUCAAACCCCUCACAUCUGAAGGAGCUGGGACUGAGUAAGAAUAAAGUGGGAAACUCUGGUGUAACGCAGCUCAUUGAUUUACUACAGAGCUCAAACUGCUCUCUAGAAAAAUUAAAUCUCAGUUUUUGCAACAUCUCUAAAGACGGCUAUGAAGCUCUGGCUACAGCUUUAAAAUCAAACACCUCAAAACUAGCAGAGCUGGAUCUCAGAGGGAACCCUGGAGACACAGGAGUGGGGCUUCUUACUGAUCUACUACAGGAUCAAAACUGUACCUUGAAGACACUGAGAUUAUUAAGUGAGGCUGCAGAAAAGGCCUGUGCUUUUCUAAAGAAAGAACCAAACCCAUUAAUGCUGAUUGAGCUUAAUCUGAGUGGGAAAAUACAUGGAGACUCAGAACUUAAUCAGAUCUCUGAUUUACUGAAGGAUCCACACUGCAGAACUGAGACACUGAGGCUGAACAGCAGCAGUAUUACAGGUAAAGGCUGUGCUGUUCUAUCAUCAGCUCUUAUGUCUAAUCCUUCACACCUGAAGGAGCUGGAUCUGAGUGGGAAUGAACUAGGAAAUGAUGGAGUGACUCAGAUUUCUCACCUACUGAAGAUGUCAAACUGUAAACUUUCACAACUAAAUCUCUCUGAUUGCAGUGUAAAAGAAAAAGGAUACACUGCUCUGGCUUCAGCGCUAAAAUCAAACCGUUCACACGUGAUAGAGCUGGAUCUCAGAGGAAAUGAUCCUGGAGACACAGGACUGAAGAAUCUAAUAAAGGUUCCAAACUGUAAACUAAAGUUGUUGAAGACUGAUGCUGCAGAGAAAGCAUGUACUUCUCUUUCUGAAGCUCUGGGAGUAAAACUCUUACUGCAGACAGAGCUGAAACUGAACAGGAAUUCAGCAGGACUUUUAGGAGAUUCUAGAGUAAAACAACUGUGUGAUUUACUACAGGACACACACUGCAAACUGAGGAAACUCCACAUCACCGAUGAUGAUCUAACAGAGAAAAGCUGUUCAGCUUUAGCCACAGUUCUCACCUCAUCCACUCUGAGAGAACUGGACCUGAGUAACAACAACCUGCAGGAUUCCGGAGUGGAUUUCCUCUGCAGUGCACUGAAGAAUCGUCUCUGUAAACUACAGAUCCUAAGCCUUUCAUUCUGCAGUGUAACAGAGAGAGGAUAUGCAGCUCUGGCAGAAGCUCUAAAGUCAAACUCCUCAUUACACCUACAGUUGGAUCUCAGGGGGAAUGAUCCUGGAGAUACAGGAGUAAAAAUGGUCACCCAAUGUAAAUUUAACAAACUAAGACUAUUGAAAAGUGAAGCUGCAGAACAGGCCUUCAGGAGUAUUAAAGAAAAAAUGAAAAUAAACCCUUUACUGGAGAGGGAGCUGGACCUGAGCACGAAGACAACAAAAGAUAUUAAUGUGAUGCAGCUCUCUGCGCUAUUGGAAGAUCCACACUGCAGACUACAGAAACUUAGGAUGUACAAAGCAGCGGGUUGGUUUAGUGGUUCGACAGAGAAAGACUGUGCUGAUUUGAUUUCUUCUUUGAUUAAAAACCCCUCACACUUGAGAGAGCUGGAUCUGAAUGAGAAUAAACUACAUCAGUCAGCACUGCUAAAGCUCUGUGAUCUACUGAAGAAUCCUCGCUGUAAACUGGAGAAACUGAAGCUUAAGAACUGCAGUGUAGGAGAGGAAGACUGUGCUGCUCUGGUUUUAGCACUAAUUUCAAACCCCUCACACUUGAAAGAGCUGGAUAUGAAUGGGAAUAAACUAGAUCAGUCAGCACUGCUAAAGCUCUGUGAUCUACUGAAGAAUCCUCUCUGUAAACUGGAGAAACUGAAGCUUAAUAACUGCAGUAUAGGAGAGGACGGCUGUGCUGCUCUGGUUUCAGCAGUAACUUUAAACCCCUCACAACUAAAAGAGCUGGAUCUGUGUAGAAAUCCACUGGGAAAGUCAGUGGAAAAGCUUGCUGAACUACUGGAGGAGUCAGGAUGCGUGCUAAGAGUGGAUCAAUCCUUUUUAGAAAAAGCUGGAAAUGCCCUUUCACAUCUCUGGCCCUGGAGCAACAAUGACAAACCAGAAAAGGAAAAGAAACUGCAUCAAUCUGAAAAGAACACUGAUCCGAGUGGAGAGAAUCUUCCUGGAGUUAAUCAGAAUGAACCGAAACUGGACCAGAGUGCAGAUGGUGAUGAAAAAGGGAAACAGAGUAAGAAGCCCAAGAUUUCAGAUCAUACUUCAAAGAGCCAGAGCACUAAAAGCAGAGGAAAGUAAACUACCCCAGAUUCGCCAAAUUAAGCAAAAAAAUUGAACAAUGAGGACAAAUUAUGGCUGAAGAGAAAUUAUCAAGGACUGUAGCCCAGAGAAAGAUCACUGCCCUCUCAGCACUGAACUGUGACUUUUUUUGUGAAAUUCUGUCAAUGAUCAAGGUUCCCUGGAUGUUGUUUUUUGUGUAUUGGAAUAGCAGAAAUAGUGUAAUAAUGUGUGAUACUCAACUCAUACACAACAUUUGACUUGUUAAUAUAUAUUAACAGAUAUAUACUGCAUAUAUUUCUUCAUAUACAGUAUUUUAGUAGUCUGUUUGAUAACUCGUUAUUUUAAAGCUGCCCAGAACAUCUUUACCCCAGAAGAUGCUGCAUGAGUGUUGGGUAUGUGAUGAACAUUUGAUGAAUAAUUUAAUAAAGAGAAGGGGAAAAUCAUUCGUUUUUUUAUUGUUUAUAAAUAUAUAGUUACAUAUUACAGUUGUUAAGUAUUGUAUUAUUGAACUUGCCAUUAUCACAAGAAAUACUUUUAAGCUGAUAUGACAGUGUAGAAAUAGGGCCCAGUAUUCCUAACUUCUUUCUUGGAUGUUGAGUUUUAUAUAUGUAUUCUUAAUGGAACACAAUGCAAAUUACUCAGAUAAAGCAUGUAAAUGUAAAUAAACAGCACAGGCUUUUUAAAUAAAGAAUCAGCUCUAUUUACUAAGAAAUGGCAGUUCUUCGAAUAAUGUUUUAUUAUGAUGUCAGUGUCG